UUCUGAGGUAAAAAGCUGCAGACACAUUUGAGCAAUUUAGCAAACCCGUCAAAUUCAUUUUGUAUGUUUCAGAAAGGUUGAAGUUCGAGGGGAUACAAUCCUGAAAAGCUAACUGCCCCACAAAUCCAUGUUUUAAAGACCUAUAAUGUGAGUGUGACUCAGAAAGCAAGACCAGAGAUUUCCUACACAGUCACUUCAGUAAACACAAUGCCUCUUCGAAAACCUAAACCAGGACAUGACAUUGUCCAAAAGCCGGUCAUUGCCUCUCUCGCUGGGACCACCAAAGCAGUAUCCAUGUCCCACAGGCCUCAACCUCCCAUUAAGCCCAGAUCAGAGAAGAAUCUGUCAGCAGGUGGAUCUUAUAAACCUAGCACACUUACCCAACAGGGUGCAUGUGCGUCGAAGAAAGCUCACCAGUCCGCAUUCUGUAGCCCGGGAAGUUCUGAAAACUUUGAGGAUGGAGAACAGAAUGGAUUUGGAGGGGGAACGACAGAAUCAUUUUGGGAGGCUGGUACACAUCAAGCUCUCUCUAAGAGUCACACCAGCAGUUCUUGUUCCAGCAGAACACAAAGUGUCAAGUCCACCUCUGAGCUGCUGAUGGAAGCUAGACUUAUUGCAGGACUGGAGCAGCCAGAUGAGUCCGGCCAGCAGAGGGCGACAGAGGAGACCCUGCCAGACACAACAGUGAAGGAAAGUGGGCACACAGGAGAUGAGAUUAUUGGUACCCUGCAAAGGGAAGUAAGAAUUGAAACUCUCCCCACCUGUAAGCAAAUGGCCAAGAAGUGCAUGGAAAGUGAAUCUGGACAUAGGCGUACUGAAUAUGAGGGGCCAACUCGAAGGGACUCCUCUGUACCACAGUUAAAUGUGUAUAUAUCAGAAGAAAGAUGUUCAAGACCAGUGUGCCCUCAACCCGUGUCAUCUGGUGAUAAAACGGCCGUGUCAGUUGAUUGUCAGGUUGGGUGUGAUGAUAAAGAACUCAAGGAUGUCUUCUCCCCAGUGACUAAUGAAGAUAUAAUAAUGGCUCGAGGACACAGCCUAACUCAGAGAGCAGAAAGGACGCCACAUCAGACAAAAACCAUUCAGCGUCUUUCACUAGUAGCAACAUGGAAACCUAAAAAAGAUUAUAGAAGUGCUAAGAGCUAUAAAACCAUCCAUCAUUUUUGCACCACACCUGUCAGUCAAAUAGUGCCUGUGGAGCUACAACUGGCAUCCAGGUUCUGCCACACUCAAAAUCUGAUCACUGCAACACCUCAGUUAGACCAGCAGAUGGCAGCACCUGGACAGCUGUCUCAUCCUGACCUAAAGAGGCUGGUGUGUGAAGGUGUAGCCGCUGAAUCUGCUGGAGUCUCGGGACACACAGACUGUAUUUCCCACAUACCCAAACAGCCCUCAGAUACUCUGGCGGAUUGGCAGAGAAUAGCAGAGUUUUACGUGGAAAGACCACGGAUUAUAAUGUGUGGACGAGCUGCAACACUGUGUGCCAGCGAGCUCAGAAUGUUCUGGAAUCCAGCACCUCCUAAAUUCAUCUGUGCUCCGUGUGUGUUGAAAGAAAAACUCUUUCCUGAAUAUCAGAUAACCCGGCCUGACCAGUACAAAGAGAACAUGAUGGAUCAUGUGGUGGGCUCAGUUAGCCAUGAGACUGUGGCGAAACAGAAAAAUGUCUCGUCUAGUCAGUGCAAAUCGUUGCCAGAGGUGAAAACAAUGGAAAUGGCCUCAUUUACUUCUUUUUGGUUCGGCGCAAAUGAACAGGCCAGACGGCCCCGCUCUGCCCCGCACUUAACCCCGGAUCCUGAGCCCCUUCUUCAGCUGCGGUCUGACUUUACCAGCCUCUCGCAGGAGCUGGAACAUGUGCGCUUACAGCAGCAGAAGUCAGUCUGUGCCGCUCAGGCUGGAGAAUUCCUCUCCAAUGCCAGACAGGCUGAGCUCCGGGAUGUUCACGCUGGCCCCAGCUCAUCCGAGGGGCCCUGCCAGGCCCCAAAUCACAGGAGAAACCCGUGCAAAUGCACAGACAGGACAAGUGUCCCCUGUUAUAAACGAAAUGCUGCUAAAAGAGGAAAGAAACUGAGCUCUGUUAAGAUGGCCUACGUUUGCAAAACACUGAGCGAGCCGCCACGAACACUCAAAAGAAGUGAGUCUUUGUGUCAGUUACCAUGGAAGCCCAAACCAUCUGAAGGUCCGUCUACACCCUUCAACCGCCUCAGUCUGCCUCUGCUACUCGAUUUUGAGAGCUUUGCUGUAGAUCGGGGUGGCAUACCUGACACAGCGCCACCCAGAGAGUGGGUUCGAGACUUAUGGGACGCCUGGUUCGACGAGCUCUUUCCACCUCUGGAGAAGAUCCAGAGUACAGACUCUGCCUCAGGUGGUCUGAAAGAGAACAAGCCCCCACAGGCGCUGGAUAGAGUGGAUCUGUGUGAAGUUCUGGAAGAAGGUCUCACUAUAGCGGAUUUGGAGCGUGAGGUAGCCAAGCUAACCCAAGUUAUGACUGAACGUGGGACUCGCAGUGCCUUUGACUUGUGUCGGCGAGGAGCACUUCAAAUCAAACUUGGUUAUCUCAACCAGGCCCUGGAAGAUCUGAAUGCUGCCAUCUCCCUGGAGCCCCAUUUACUGGAUGCCUACUGGCACAGACACAACGUCUACCUGCUGAGAAACGACCCCAGUCGAGCCCUGGCUGAUCUCGACAUCAUCAUUAGGAACAACAAGAUGCAUGCAGACGCCUUUAUGUCUAGAGCAGAAAUCUUCAAAGAAAGAGGAGAAACUACGGCAGCUAUAAUCAGUUACACACAAGCCAUCAAAGCCAAUCCAGAUAAAGCAGACAUUUACUUCAGAAGAGCACAGGUGUAUGAGAAGACGAGUGAAAUACUGCUGGCCAUGGAAGACUAUGCUACAACAUUCGCUGUUGACUCGACAAGGACAGAUGCUAUGAUGAUCUGUGGAGUGCAGCAUUUCAACAACUCCCAAUGGACUUUGGCCCUGGAUGAUUUCUCCUUGCUGCUGCAGCAGGAGCCGAGGAAUGCUGUAGCUAGGACAUACAGAGGUAGGAUCUACACUAAGCUGGGCCGCUUUGAGGAGGCUAUCGAGGACCUUUCAUUGGCUGUGCACUUGAAUCCCAGUGACUGGUUGGCAUUUUACCACAGAGGCUUCCUGCUGAGGAAGAUAAAGCCUCAGAUGGCCUUGAGAGACCUCAGCACGUCUGUUCUCAUCAAUGACAGCACAGAAAACCUGAGAUCUUUCCUGCACCGCGGCCUGCUCUAUGCUCAGCUGCGGCUCUGGCGACAGGCCACGGCUGACUUUGAAGCUGUGAUCAAACUUGACAGGUCCGUGGCUGUUGCUUAUGUCAGUUUGGGUCUCAUCAGCAUGUUGAAAAUGAAUCGAAACCAUGAAGCCAUCAAAAGGUUCAGUGAUGCGUUGAAAGCGGAUCCCAGCUGCGUAAGAGCAUGCGUGUGUAGGGCCAAAGCUUACUACAACGUGAAUAAUCUGAGUCCAGCCGUAAAGGAUUUGAGUCGAGCGAUACACGUGAAUCCAGAUGCCCAUGACCUGCACAUCAUGAGAGGGCAGUACUUGUAUGAAAUGGGACGGUUUGACCUGGCUCAUCUCUCCAUACGGUAUGCAGCAGAAAUGAAGACAGCUCUGGGUUUAUCGGCGGUCCAGCAAGCAAUCGCUCAGUCGUUCCUGGGGAACGAAGCCGAAGCCAUCGCCUGCCUGCAGGACGCAGUAGAUACACGCCCUUCUCUUCCAGCCCUCGUUCUUUUGGGAAAGACACUGAUGAGGGAGCACAGGUUCACAGAAGCAGUGGAGACUUUCGGAAAAGCUCUGGAAAUGCUGGAUACCAAUAAAGCGAAACGCUCUAGUGUAGAAAAAGCUGCAGAAGUCUUCCAUCUUAUUGGCGUGUGCUGCGUGGCACAGGUGCCUCUGUUGCAGGAGAGCGAAGACUCUCUUUUGCUCCAGGCAUUAGAUGCUUUCAACAGCGCUGUGAGCAUGAAGCCAGACCUCGCUGAAGCGUACCAUCAGAGAGGACUUUGUCGCACGUACCUACGAGAUUCAGCGAGCGGGCAGGACUUUAAUACAGCACUGCGCAUAAACCCCAACCUUUAUCAGGUACAUUUAAGCCGGGCUGCACUUUAUGGAGCUGAAGGGCGAUAUGCAAAGGCCGUACUCGACUGUAAUGAAGCUAUUAGAAUCCAGCCCAAGAGUGUCAGAGCCUACUUAUAUAAAGGAGCUCUUCAAUUCUAUCUGAAAGCAUACAAGAAAGCAGUGGAGGAUUUGUCCGUGGCAAUCCAGAUGGACCCCGCGUGUGCAUUUGCUUACUACAACCGUGGUGUUUGUUACCAGAAGCUGCAGGAUUAUGAGCUGGCGCUCAGGGACUACAGCGUCGUGCUGCUCCUGGAUGGAGAGGCGGAGCUUGAUCUCAAAGUGUUGAUAAACCGUGGCCUUCUGUAUGUGGAGUUAAAUGAUUAUAGCAGUGCCCUUCAGGAUUUUACAGCUGCAGCACACAAGCGUCCUGAUGAUGCAAUAAUUCACCAUACACUGGGCGUGAUCCAUCACAGGCUUGGACAGUUGGAGGAAGCUUUGGACAGUCAUGGCAUGAAGCACGCCCAGAGAGACUUUCUCACUGCUCUGCACCUCAACCCACUCUGCUCGAAUGCCCGCAUCGGCCUGGCAUACAAUUUACAGGUUUUAGGGUUCUUCCUGAGAGCCUGGAAUCAGUUCACUGUGGCGAUGGAGGUGAACCUCAAAUGCUGGCAGGCGUAUGAAGGCAGAGCUGUCGUCAGUCUGCAGAUGGGAAACCCGUUUGCAGCGCUGCAGGAUAUAAACACUGCUAUAGAGUAUAAUCCUCACUCCGAGCUGCUUUUAACAAACCGAGGUCUGAUCCAGCAGUUAAUGGGGGAUAAAGUCAGCGCCAUGAAGGACUAUCAGAAAGCCAUCAGCCUCAAUCCCAAAUACGCUCUGGCACACUUCAAUGCUGCCACUCUCUUCUUUUACAACGGACAGUUUGAGCAGGCGUGUGAGUUCUACAGCAGAGCCUUUGAACUGGACCCAUCAGAUGAGUCCGCCAUCCUGAACCGGGCCAUCACUCACGCGCUGCUGCGGAAGAUUCCUGAAGCACUGCAGGAUUUCAACGAGACUCUGCGCCUCAACCCGCUCACUGCACACGUGUACUUUAACAGAGCCAAUCUUUCCUGCUCGCUCAGACAGCAUCAGUCAGCCGAGGAGGACCUUACGCAAGCUCUGUGGCUCCAGCCGGGAGAUGCUCUGCUCUAUAAACUCAGGGCUGACGUUCGGGCACGUUUAGGGUGGACUGAGCAGGCGUUGAAGGACUACAGGACCGCAGUGGAACUUGAAGACUCGGAAGCAUGAAUCUUGAUGCUGCUCGGGGUUCUUUAAAUCAAUGAAGUGUAACUUAUUAAAGCACUUUGAUACAGUUAAUUAGCAACACGUUUUAAUGAUUUUUUUUAAUGUCACACAGGUUUAUGCUUGCAGGUUAGCAAAGAAAUAAUCAAUGGCAUGAGUUUGAGGUUGUUCAACCAAU